UUGUGUCAAAAUGGCUGGUCCACUGCUUGGGGUGUAUGGCCCUCAUAAAGUCCAAUUUAGCCGUCAUUUGAAGCAAUUAAAGCUGCAAACACGUGAAGAAGAGGAAGAAGAAUGUUAUCCCCAAACAGUAUGGGUAUCAAAACGGUACAUUCCGAUAGAUUUGCGGAGUACAGCGCCUGUUCCAAGGUACAAAAUCAUGUCGCCACAAAAUCGACCAACUCCACCAAAUCACUGGAUUCCAACCAAUGAAGCCCCACUGAGAAGUUAUGAAUGUGGUGGUAUGUCGGAGCUUCCUUAUGUCUCACAACCAAGCACAAGAUGUGAAGAGUGGUCAUCGCUGAGACAGAUGCUCCCAUCAAGUGGUCGGGCAGUUCCACAUGAACCCCCAAACUGGGGAACUGGCACUUCCACUCCUCCAAAAAUGACCUCAGAAAUCCAACGCAGGUUUUCUCAUGUGAAUAGUCCAAUGACCAGAUAUGUUGACCAUAUGCAUCUUACAAACAGACUCUUCCGACUUCACUGAUGGUUGAAGGAUGAUAAAGAAACUUUCUGUCGAAUUGUAUUGUGGUGAAAAAGUGACUUUUCAAAGUGAUAAAAUGAGCAAGAACUGUGAUUACAACCAAUGCAUUUUACUGUGAUUAUAUUUAUCUUUGUAUAUUUUGACCCACUGUCCUGUCAAGGAAGGAAUUAAUGCAUGCAGUAUUUGAUUAAUUAUCUUUGUGCUCUUUUUAAAAAUGUUUUCCUUGUGUGUGUUGGAAGUUUUCUUCUCAUGAAAAUCUCGAUUUGAUAAGUAUCUGAUGUGUGUAGCUUAUAAUGUGAUUUAUAGAAUAGAUAGCACUUUGCACUUUGAUUUAUAGAAUAUACAGCACUUUAAAGCCUUGAUGUGAUACUGGGAUUUGUCUGUGGUCACAGCAUGAUAGUUUGUCCGAGCUGCGGUAAGGAUAACAUCUUGUUUGCUGUGCCCAGUUUGAUUUUUCGAUAUUGCUAAAAUAUUGUAAAAGUGUCUCGAUGCACAUCAGUAUUUCACCAGUUGCCUAUGCUAUGAUUACAUUCCUAUUGAUGUAAUUUCUUUGUAUGAGUUUUUGAAUAAAUAUUGUUUUUUUCUU